AAAGCACGUGACUACCGGAAGGGCGGUCGGUCUGCUCUCUCUUGUGAACUAGGGAGAGGGGUUCAUCGUGCUCCUUAGACAAGCCUUCAUCCCACAAAGACUUCGUCCUCACUCACAAAUCGGAGAACAAAAAAAAAAAAAAACUGCAAAAUAAAGAAUAUGGAUUUAAGUAUGAAAGCUUUGAGACUGUUCUGCUCCUCUAGGGUUGGGGAUCUGCAGUCUAUGGAGACGGUUGUUGAGCCUCUAAAUGAUGGAAUUAUCUCUAUCUGUUAUGUCUGCAAGCACCUUUUGGAAGCACAAGUAGAUCCGAACACUGGCAUGUGCUUCAAUUAUGGACAAAUCAGAAGACAUAUCGAGCACGCCGAGCAGUACAUUACAAGAUCAGAGAAAACUAUUAAAGUAAAACUGCAAAAUCUGGACGAACACAUGGAGCAACUUAUUAAAGAAAAAGGAAAUGCUGAGCAGCAGAGGCGGCAGAAACACCAGACCAAGAAUGAAUUACAUAUCGAGAAGGAUUCUGCUGAGGAAUCAUUGGAUAAUUCUAGAGAAGCUUUGGAGCAGGCCAAAAAAAAUGUGGCAUCAGCUAAAAAAGAAAUAGAAAGAGAGAAGCUCAGCAUGAUUAAAGGUGGAGUUGUAGCAGUUACAGGAGUAGGUGUUACCUUGAUUCCAGUUGCUGGAUGGGUUUUAGGUCCAAUGAUAGUGUAUGAUGGAUUAAGUACAAUAGGGGAUGCUAUAAUGGCUAUGAAGGAAGCUGAAGAUGAUCUUGAAGAAAAUGAGUCCAGAGUGGGGAAGUACAGGAGAAAAGUGUCUGAUUAUCAGUCCAUGAUCUCUAAAAUAGAGAGUGAGAUUGAAGAAACUGAUGAGUUGCUGGAUAAAAUUCAGAGCGAGAUUGAAGAGGUGAAGCAGCAUCUGGACUACACCGCUGAUAUUCAGGAGAUGGUGAGAAAAGCUGUAAAUCUUCUGAGUGUUGUCAGUGGAAGAGUCACUGCUCUGGAGAGGCAAACCCGACGCUUCAUUCUCUGGGAGCCUGUGAUAAAGGUGAUGGAAGAAGUGAUGGAGGCAGUCACAAAUGUUGUAGAGAAUCGUCUCCUUUAUAGUCACGGUGUGGCAGCGCUCAUGCGUACUUUGAGGGAGAAUGUUGGAGAAUUGCUGGCCUUGUGCUCCUCACCCAAACAUUCUGAAUAUGAAGAAUAUUACUGAUCAAACUGAAGAAUGCACACAGGAACCACCACAUAUUGUAUGUGCAAAAAAAAAUACAAUGAGACACG